AUGUGUAUUCUGUUCGUUUACGUUGCUGAUGGCUCCGUGUCGGGAAGGUACCGGUUAGUGUUGGCAUCAAACCGGGAUGAAUUCUACGCUCGUCCGGCCAAGUCGGCUGCAUCGUGGGAAGAAAAUGCUCGUAUCAUCGGAGGUCGUGAUAUGGAACCGGGUCGCGAAGGUGGUACGUGGCUGGCGAUCGGCAACCAUCCCGAUGGGCGGAUCAAACUAGGCGCGCUGCUUAACGUAACCGGCGAAACUAAGCCUAACGUUACCAACGGUCGUGGACCGAUCGUGGCUAAUUUCUUGACGGGAGAACUAACCGGCCGUACGUACAGCGAACAGUUGCUCGCACAGGAUAACUUCGGUGCGUUCAAUUUUGUCUCGAUCGAGUUAGAUACGGUGAAUAGCAAUGGGGGAGACCGCCAGGUGGGUUCCAACCAAACUGCCGGAGGAACCAUUCUACACACGAGCAAUGCUCCGCACAGUAUUAUCCCAUGCAAAACCGGCGAAGCGUUGGGGUUCGGCAAUAGUACGCUGGAAAAGCCGCUACAGAAAGUUUGCCAAGGAAGGGACCAGUUUGCCGAGAUCGUCACUAGACGUAAUGUACCUUUUGCGGACAAAGAUGCCUUCGUGGAUGAACUAAUGGGAUUGCUUAAGAACGAUGUGCGCCAUUUCCCGGACGCCGAAUUGACUAGGCGCGCUGGACAGCAUGCGGAAUUUCUUUCGAGCAUUAACGUACGCAUGCCCAACGGAAGCUACGGCAGUAGAACCCGUACCGUGAUCCUCAUAGAUCAAAGUAAUCACAUGGAAUUCAUCGAGGAAACGUUGGUUGGCACAGAUCCCCUUACAGGGGAAUGGCAAACUACGAGAAUCGAACGAGAAUUUUCCUAG